CCGGGGCCCCGGGCCAGCCCCGUGCGCCAUGAAGCGCUAGCGCUGCGGCCAGCGCUGGGGCCGGGCUGGCGGGCGGCGGCUGCGGGCAGGUGCGCAAGCGAGCGCGCGGAUAGGCGCGCACCCGGCGGAUGCCCCAGUCGGGGCCCAGCGAGCGCCAGGUAGUUCCAAUUUGCCAGCAGAAUGAAUACAGAAAGAGACUCAGAAACGACAUUUGAGGAGGAUUCUCAGCCUAAUGACGAAGUGGUCCCUUACAGUGAUGAUGAAACAGAAGAUGAACUUGAAGACCAGGGGCCUGCGGUGGAACCAGAGCAGAAUCGAGUUAACAGAGAAGCAGAGGAAAACCGGGAGCCAUUCAAAAAAGAUUGUACAUGGCAAGUCAAAGCAAAUGAUCGAAGCUUCCAUGAACAACCUCAUUUUAUGAACACAAAGUUCUUUUGUAUUAAGGAGAGCAAGUAUGCGACUAAUGCAAUUAAAACAUACAAGUAUAAUGUGUUUACCUUUCUACCAAUGAAUUUGUUUGAGCAGUUUAAGAGAGCAGCCAAUUUCUAUUUCCUGGUCCUUCUUAUCUUACAGGCAAUCCCUCAAAUCACGACCCUGGCGUGGUAUACCACCCUGGUGCCCUUGCUGGUGGUGCUGGGCAUCACGGCCAUCAAAGACCUCGUGGACGAUGUGGCUCGCCAUAAAAUGGACAACGAAAUCAACAAUAGGACGUGUGAAGUCAUUAAGGAUGGCAGGUUCAAAAUUGCCAAGUGGAAAGAGAUUCAAGUCGGAGAUGUCAUUCGUCUGAAAAAAAAUGAUUUCAUCCCAGCUGACAUCCUGCUGCUGUCCAGCUCUGAACCUAACAGCCUCUGCUACGUGGAAACGGCUGAACUGGAUGGAGAAACCAAUUUAAAGUUCAAAAUGGCACUUGAAAUCACACACCAGCAUCUCCAGAAAGAAAAUUCAUUGGCAACAUUUGAUGGUUUUAUUGAAUGUGAGGAACCGAAUAACCGACUAGAUAAGUUUACAGGAACACUGUUUUGGAGAAAUACAAGUUUUCCUUUGGAUGCUGAUAAAAUUUUGUUACGCGGCUGUGUAAUCAGGAACACUGAUUUCUGCCAUGGAUUGGUCAUUUUUGCAGGUGCUGACACUAAAAUAAUGAAGAAUAGUGGGAAAACCAGAUUUAAAAGAACUAAAAUUGAUUACUUGAUGAACUACAUGGUGUAUACGAUCUUUGUUGUUCUUAUCUUGCUUUCUGCGGGUCUUGCCAUCGGCCAUGCUUACUGGGAAGCUCAAGUUGGCAAUUAUUCUUGGUACCUCUAUGAUGGAGAAGACACUACACCCUCCUACCGUGGAUUCCUAAAUUUCUGGGGCUACAUCAUUGUUCUGAAUACCCUGGUGCCCAUCUCUCUCUACGUCAGCGUGGAAGUGAUUCGUCUUGGACAGAGUUACUUCAUCAACUGGGACCUGCAGAUGUACUAUCCUGAGAAAGACACGCCCGCGAAGGCAAGAACCACCACGCUGAAUGAGCAGCUCGGGCAGAUCCAUUACAUCUUCUCUGACAAGACAGGGACGCUCACACAGAACAUCAUGACCUUUAAAAAAUGCUGCAUCAACGGGCAAAUUUACGGAGACCAUCGGGAUGCUUCUCAGAACAGUCAUAGCAAAAUAGAGCCAGUGGAUUUUAGCUGGAAUACGUAUUCCGAUGGGAAGCUUGUAUUUUAUGACCAUUAUCUCGUCGAGCAAAUCCAGUCGGGGAAGGAGCCGGAAGUGCGACAGUUCUUCUUCCUGCUGGCGGUGUGCCACACGGUCAUGGUGGACAGGCUCGACGGUCAGCUCAACUACCAGGCGGCCUCUCCUGACGAAGGUGCUCUGGUAAGCGCCGCCAGGAACUUCGGUUUUGUCUUCCUCACCAGGACCCAGAACACGAUCACCAUCAGUGAGUUGGGCACUGAGAGGACCUACAGUGUUCUCGCCAUUUUAGACUUCAACAGUGACCGGAAGCGAAUGUCUAUAAUUGUAAGAACCCUAGAAGGCAAUAUCAGGCUUUAUUGUAAAGGUGCUGACACUGUAAUUUAUGAACGGUUACAUCGAAUGAAUCCUACGAAACAAGAGACACAGGAUGCCCUGGAUUUGAGUGGAAAGAGCACCAAAGUAGGAAUAUGUUCUGUCCCUGACGCUGACUUCCUAGGAAAUGACCUUGCCACCUCUUCCCAGCAUCCAGGUGAGACUCUUAGAACCCUGUGCCUUUGCUAUAAGGAAAUUGAAGAAAAAGAAUUUGAGGAAUGGAAUAAAAAGUUUAUGGCUGCAAGUAUAGCCUCAACCAACCGGGAUGAAGCUCUGGAUAAAGUAUAUGAGGAGAUUGAAAAAGACUUAAUUCUAUUGGGAGCAACAGCUAUUGAAGACAAGCUACAAGAUGGAGUCCCAGAAACCAUUUCAAAACUUGCAAAAGCUGACAUUAAGAUCUGGGUGCUUACUGGUGACAAAAAGGAAACUGCUGAAAAUAUAGGAUUUGCCUGUGAACUUCUUACUGAAGAUACCACUAUCUGCUAUGGGGAAGAUAUCAGUGCUCUUCUUCAUACAAGGAUGGGAAACCAGAGGAACAGAAGUGGAGUCUAUGCAAAAUUUGUACCCCAAGUACACGAACCUUUUUUUCCAUCUGGUGGAAACCGUGCCUUAAUAAUCACUGGUUCUUGGUUGAAUGAAAUUCUUCUCGAGAAAAAGACCAAGAGAAGUAAGAUUUUGAAACUGAAGUUCCCCAGGACAGAAGAAGAAAGACGAAUGAGGACACAAAGUAAGAGGAGGCUGGAAGCUAAAAAAGAGCAGCAGCAGCAGAACUUUGUCGACCUGGCCUGUGAGUGCAGUGCGGUCAUCUGCUGCCGGGUCACCCCCAAGCAGAAGGCCAUGGUGGUGGACCUGGUGAAGAGGUACAAGAAAGCCAUCACGCUCGCCAUUGGAGACGGGGCCAAUGAUGUCAACAUGAUCAAAACUGCCCACAUUGGUGUUGGAAUAAGUGGACAAGAAGGCAUGCAAGCUGUCAUGUCAAGUGACUAUUCCUUUGCACAGUUCAGAUACUUGCAGAGACUGCUGUUGGUGCACGGCAGGUGGUCUUACAUAAGGAUGUGCAAGUUCCUACGAUACUUCUUUUAUAAAAACUUUUCAUUUACUUUGGUUCAUUUCUGGUACUCCUUCUUCAACGGGUACUCUGCACAGACCGCGUACGAAGACUGGUUCAUCACCCUCUACAAUGUGAUCUACACCAGCCUGCCCGUCCUCCUCAUGGGGCUGCUCGACCAGGAUGUGAGCGACAAACUGAGCCUCCGCUUCCCCGAGUUAUACAUGGUGGGACAAAGAGACUUACUAUUCAACUACCGGAGAUUCUUCGUAAGCUUGUUGCACGGGGUUUUAACAUCUUUGGUCCUCUUCUUCAUACCUCUUGGAGCUUAUCUGCAAACUGUGGGACAGGAUGGAGAGGCGCCCUCAGACUACCAAUCUUUUGCUGUCACAAUUGCCUCUGCUCUUGUAAUAACAGUCAAUUUCCAGAUUGGCUUGGAUACUUCUUAUUGGACUUUUGUGAAUGCUUUUUCAAUUUUUGGAAGCAUUGCAAUUUAUUUUGGCAUCAUGUUUGACCUUCAUAGUGCCGGAAUACAUGUUCUCUUUCCAUCUGCAUUUCAAUUUACAGGCACAGCUUCAAAUGCUCUGAGACAGCCAUAUAUUUGGUUGACCAUCAUCCUGACUGUUGCUGUGUGCUUGCUGCCUGUUGUUGCCACACGAUUCUUGUCAAUGACCAUUUGGCCAUCAGAAAGUGAUAAGAUUCAGAAGCACCGAAAGCGGUUAAAAGCCGAAGAGCAGUGGAAGCGGCGGCAGAAUGUGUUCCGCCGGGGCGUGUCCGCACGGCGCUCGGCCUACGCUUUCUCCCACCAGCGUGGCUAUGCCGACCUCAUCUCCUCCGGGCGCAGCAUCCGCAAGAAGCGCUAUCCCCUGGAUGCGGUCAUCGCCGAUGGAACGGCAGAAUACAGGCGAACCGUGGAGAGCUGAGGCGUUUGCUUCAGGUGACCUGUAGCAAAACAAUCACACAAAGUAAAAUGUCUUCUUUUUUUAUGAGAGACUCGACUUUUUGGGGAAAAAAAAAAAAAAUUUGUCACGAGGAUGUUGAAGGCAAUAACCUUUUUAACAAGCUACAAUACUUGGGUUGGACUACUGCAAUAGCAAAGCCAAGGAGACCUUUUGAAAAGUCGUAUUCUUCAACUGUUGAUGUUUUGUUUUGAUUCAAAGUGAACGUUUUUAACCCCAUCUCAAUCUAGGACAAGAGAAUUAGAAAACGUCUUAUUUCAGUUCAAAUGGUAUUGUACUGUAAAAUUACAAUUAGAUUUUCCUGUCUGGGAUCUUCAGCACAAAUUUCUCAGACGCUCCUUUUUUCCGGGAGUCCACCCUACUAACAAAGAUCUUUUAUUUACAAUGGUAGUAACGAAAGAUUCAUGAAUGUUCAUCCCCUAGAAGCUAAGUGGUCUGAUGACUUUUUCAGAGUCGAUAAUGGGGCUGCCUGGUUUCAUGUUCUCAUACUGGUUUACUAAUUCAGCUCAAUCAACGAAAAUUACUUCACGUUUCAUAAGUACAAGGUUUUGAUCUGUUUCAGUUUACUACCAGGUUAAAAGAGCACAUUACAUACGUUUACUCUUACUAUUAUAUAUUAUUUCAGACACUUCCUGUAGUACCAAGUGCAUUUAUUUUCUACUGUCAUUAAAAAAAGAUACUUAAAUAUUUAUGGGCUUUUUAAAAAAAAGCUUUUAAAAACUGAGGGUAUCAGUGAUAAAUUGCAGAAUAUUUUGCAAAGCUUUCUUUUGAAAAGCAAACUUUUGUGCCUGCCUAUAUGUAAAGUAUUUUAUAAGGGAUUUGAACAGAGACCUCACUCUUUUCUACUUGUCUUAUGUCUUGAGAGAAAAGGCUGUUGGUAGCCAUAUUUCUAAGACUAACAGUGUAUCAUUUUAAAACUGAACAUAACUUUAGGCAAUUAUGGAGACUAUCCUCAAAGAGGUAAAAGUUAUUUAUCCAGGGGCUUUUCUCACUCUGUGUGUUUCACACACUAGUUUCCAUGUUUCAGUGAAGACAGAGAAGUGUCUUCAAUAAUUCUGUUCUUUACCAUUAGGUUGUGAAUGUUCACAAUACCUGUUCCUUUGAAUUCCUUAUGAGGAAAUCACAGCAUGUAUAUAGUUCAUUGUCUAGAUAUGAAAAGAAUAUAGCUCUUUAGUCUACGGAAGUAAAUUUCCGGAAGUUUACAACUUUUCUUUAUCUUGUAAAUUUAAAAAUUGUAAGUUUUUUUGUGUAAUUCUGUCAGUUUCAGAUUUCUCUCCCGUUUUGCAAAUUGUGGGAAAGGUCGACAAUGCAAAUGUGUCAAAGACUUACAUGGUUGGGUGCAAUAUUAACAAUUUUAAAAUGCAAAUUGCUUUGGAUAAAUUAUUUCUAUAUUCUGUAAAUCUGAGAUUAAUGUAUAUUUUUGUUUAAAAAAUAAAUGCUUUAGUAAAA